GCUGGGGGGCACCUGUAUCGCAUGGCGGCGCCCUGCUUACCUACCCUGUUCUCUCUUCCAGGUAGUGGUGCCUACCCGCGUGGGGCAGGUCUACAUCUACGACUCACCCAAAGGCGAGCAGGACGAGUACGACAUCCCACGGCACCUCCUCGCCUCCGGGCCCCAGGAGAUCUAUGACGUGCCCCCCGUCCGGGGCAUGCUUGCCAGCCAGUACAGCCAGGAGGUCUAUGACACCCCCCCAAUGGCAGUGAAGGGCCCCACCGGCCGGGAGCCCGGCCAGGAGAUCUACGACGUGCCCCCCAGCGUGGAGAAGGCCCUGCACCAGGCUCCCCAAACUGUGUAUGACGUCCCCCCAUCCGUGAGCAAGGACGUCCCGGACGGCCCCUCCCGAGAGGAGACCUAUGACGUGCCCCCUGCCUUUGCCAAACCAAAGGCGCUGGACCUGCCCCGGCACCCAGCGGAGCCAGCCCUGCCCGAGGAUGUGUAUGACGUGCCACCGGCGGCGGGGAAGGGCGCCCCCGAGGCCCCCUUCCCACAGGAGAUCUAUGACGUGCUGCCUGGCCUGCGGAAGCUGGUGGGGCCCGCGCAGGAUGUGUACGAUGUGCCCCGGGAGCUGCACGCUGGCAGCCUGGAUGCUGAGGGCGAGUACAUCUAUGACGUGCCGCCGCAGGUGGACCGGGAGGCCAGGGCGGGCGAUGCCAAGCGCCUCUCAGCCUCCAGCACGGGCAGCACCCGCAGCAACGUCUCCAGCUCCUCACUGGACGUGGGGCCGGGCAAGGAUGCGCCCAAGGAGCUGGGCCUGGGCCUGGACCUGGACACGGCCAUGGAGCUGUUGGCCCGGCUGCAGCACCACAUCAGCGGUUCCGUCUCCUACCUCAUGUCCUUCAUCAGCACCGGCUGGCGCAGCCCGGAGCAGCUGGAGCUCCACGCACCCAGCCUCCGGGCGGCAGCCGAGGGCAUCAAGGGGGCGCUGCGGGACCUGCUGGAGUUCGCCCGCGGGGCCGUGGGCAACGCGGCCCAGGCCUCCGACCGCGCCCUGCACACCAAGCUCAGCAAGCAGCUGCAGAAGAUGGAGGACGUGUAUCAGGCCCUGCUGCGGCACAGCCAGGCGCUGGAUGGCUGUGGCUGGGCCCCUGGUGCCCUGGCGGCCGGCAAGCCGGGCGGCACCGACGACCUGGACCGUCUGGUGAUGUACUCACGGGGCAUCCCUGACGACACCAAGCAGCUGGCGUCUUUCCUGCACGGCAACGCCUCUCUGCUUUUCAGACGGGGUAAGCCGCCGGCGGACGGCCCAGACACCAGUCUGCUCCUUGCCAGCCACCCGCCACCAGCGCCCGCCGACAAGGCCAGCAGCAUCCAGUCACGGCCCCUGCCCUCUCCGCCCAAGUUCUUGGCGCAGGACUCGCCCGACGGGCCGUACGAGAACAGUGAGAGCGGCUGGAUGGAAGACUACGACUACGUGCACCUGCAG